CGUAUAAUGGACUGGACCGGACGCUUCUUCAGGAACAACAACACAGCUACUCUUUCAACCGCCUCGGUAGCUUGCUAGCCAACAUAAAACUGAAAGAUUGACGCUUUAGACCAUGUAAAAGUACAUUAGCUAAUCUCAGUUUUGUAAACGCAGUUCAGGUGACGUAUCAACUAGUUAACUUUAACCUAAUUUGCUUGUUCAAUUUGCAAAGUUGUUAAACAUUGAUAGAGCCUAGCUUUAGGCUAGUCGCUAAUUCUAACAUCCCAGACCAUGAGCUCACUCAACUACUUAUCCCCUGUUAAAGAAGAGGUCUGCUGUAUGCAGAAAGAAGCUCUGAGGCUGAACAUUGUCGUGAAAGAAGAAGAGGAUGUUAUAGAGGAAACAGAGGAAGAACCUUUCAGAGAGGAAGACGAUGCUAUCUCAGUAGAGGUGAAGAAGGAAGACGUCUUGGGAGUGAAAGAGGAGGAGACAGAAUAUCAGAUUAACACCAGAGAGAGACAUGACUAUUGUGGAUCCUCUGGGGAGCCUCAACAACAUCCUGAUGCUGAUGAGGAAGAGAAGAGUCUCUCCAGAUCAGAACACCAGAUGGACAACGCUAGCCCUUCCACCCUCCCAGAGUCCCCAUGUCGUGCCUCUCCCGGUAGCGCCUCACUGCUGGGUAUGAAGAGGUUGUCUGUGCAGCUGGUGGACUGCAGGAAAACAACGGGACUGAGUGGAACUGUGAGAGGAAGAGAAGAGAAGAAAGGAUCAGGUUUAACUCAUCAAAGAGAAAGACCAGACUCAGAGGAACCAGAGCCAGGGACGUCCAAACCAACAAGAAGACACCAGUGUUCCCGCUGUGGAAAGUGUUUUAACCAGUUAAGGGACCUGUACCGACAUGAGAGAAUACACACAGGGGAGAAAUCUUACCAGUACUUGCAGUGUGGAAAGAGUUUUAACCAGUUAGGGCAUCUGAAAGAACAUGAGAUAAUACACACAGGGGAGAAGCCUUACCACUGCUCCCAGUGUGGCAAGUGUUUUAACCGGUCAGGGAACCUGAAAUCACACGAGAGAAUACACACAGGGGAGAAGCCUUACCACUGCUCCCAGUGUGGAAAGAGUUUUAACCGUUUAAGGACCCUGAAAGUUCAUGAGAGGACACACACAGGGGAGAAGCCUUACCACUGCUCCCAGUGUGGCAAGUGUUUUAACCAGUUAGGGAAUCUGAAACAACACAAGAGAAUACACACAGGUGAGAAGCCUUACCAAUGCUCCCAGUGUGGAAAGUUUUUCAGCCAGUCAGGGGAUCUGAAAAAACAUGAGAUAAUACACACAGGGGAGAAGCCUUACCACUGCUCCCAGUGUGGAAAGUGUUUCAACCGGUCAGGGCAUCUGAAAGAACAUGAGAUAAUACACACAGGGGAGAAGCCUUACCACUGCUCCCAGUGUGGAAAGUGUUUCAACCAGUCAGGGCAUCUGAAAGAACAUGAGAUAAUACACACAGGGGAGAAGCCUUACCACUGUUCCCAGUGUGGCAAGUGUUUUAACCGGACAGGGAACCUGAAAAAACACGAGAGAAUACAUACAGUUGAAAAGCCUUACCACUGCUCAGAGUGUGGAAAGUGUUUCAACCGGUCAGGGGAUCUGAAAAAACACGAGAGAAUACACACAGGGGAGACGCCUUACCACUGCUCCCAGUGUGGAAAGAGUUUUAACCAAUUAAGCAACCUGAAAGAACACAUGAGACUGCACAUAGAGUAGAAGACUUACAAAAGCUCAGACUGUGGGAAAACCAUAUGAAAUUGCUUCUUCCAAUUAUUGAUAAACAUGUACCUGUUAAGAAACUGACUGUUAGAACUGUUAAGGCUCCAUGGAUUGAUGAGGAAUUUAAAAACUGUAUGUUUGAAAGAGUUGGGGCAAAAGGAGUGGCUAAUAAGUCUGGCUGCACAUCUGGCUGGCUUACGUACUGCAAAUGGAGAAAUGAUGUGACCAAACUCAACAAAAUAAUACACUUUAUUAGGAAGCCAAGAUCAAUGAUAUAAAGAAUGAUGGAAAAAAAAACGUGUAAAAAAUCAUAAUGAAAGAAAAGCAGUGCAAGUAUUGAAUGUUGUAAAGUUAGUGUGAGAGAGGUGGAAAAAUUGUUAGCGAUCAAUAAUGACAUUGACAACUUAGAUGGGAAGCUACUGAGGACAGUAGCUGACUCUAUAGCCACUCCUAUCUGUCAUAUGUUUAAUCUGAGCCUAGAGGAAAGUCUUUGUCCUCAAGCCUGGAGGGAGGCCAAAGUAGUUCCACUACCCAAGAGUGGUAAAGCAGCCUUUACUGGUUCUAACAGCAGACCUAUAAGCUUGCUGCCAGCUCUUAGCAAACGGUUGGGAAAAAUUGUGUUUGACCAAAAACAAUGAUAUUUCUCUGUAAACAAAUUAACAACAGACUUUCAGCAUGCUUAUAGAGAAGGGCACUCAACAUGUGCUGCACUGACACAAAUGACUGAUGAUUGGUUGAGAGAAAUUGAUAACAAGAAGAUUGUGGGAGCUCUAUUGUUAGAUUUCAAUGCAGCCUUUUAUAUUAUUGACCAUAACCUGUUUUUUAAGAAUGUCUGUGCUAUGGCUUUUCAACCUCAGCUCUGAAUCCACAUUAUGGCAAUCUAUCUACUAGAACUCAGAGGGUUUUUAAUGGAAGCUUCUCUAAUGUCAAACAUAUAAAGUGUAAUGUACCUCAGGGCAGCUCUCUAGGCCCUAUACUAUUUUCUAUUCUUACCAAUGACCUGCCACUGGCAUUAAACAAAGCAUGUGUGUCCAUGUAUGCUGAUUAUUCAACCAUAUACGCAUCAGCAACCACAGCUAAUGAUGUCACUGAAACACUUAACAAAGAGUUGCAGUCUGUUUUGGAAUGGGUGGCCAGUAAUAAACUGGUACUGAACAUCUCUAAAACUAAGAGCAUUGUAUUUGGUACAAAUCAUUCCUUAAGUUCUAGACCUCAGCUGAAUCUGGUAAUGAAUUGUGUUGCUGUUGAACAAGUUGAGGAGACUAAAUUACUUGGCAUUACCUUAGAUUGUAAACUGUCAUGGUCAAAACAUAUAGAUUCAGUGGUUGUAAAGAUGGGGAGAGGUCUAGCCUCAAAGAGAUGGUCUACUUUUUUGACACCACACUCCAAAAAGCAAGUUCUGCAGGCUCUAGUUUUGUCUAAUCUUGAUUAUUGUCCAGUCGUGUGGUCCAGUGCUGCAAGGAAAGACCUAGUAAAGCUGCAGCUGGCCCAGAACAGAGCGGCACGUUUUGCUCUUAAUUGUAAUCAGAGGGCUGAUAUUAAUACUAUGCAUGCCAGUCUCUCUUGGCUAAGAGUUGAAGAGAGACUGACUGCAUCACUUCUUUUUUUUAUAGAAAACAUGAAAAUGUGUUGAAAAUCCCAAAUUGUUUGCAUAGUCUUGUAAGGGAAUUCUGCCCUAUGUGCACAAGAGACCACGGAAAACUUAUUUGAUCAGAGUUUACACUUACAGCAAUUUGCAAGCAAGGCACUCAGUUCAAAAGAUGGUGUUUUUCCUUUUUUAUCCCCUACUGAGAAUCACCCCGCCCAGGGUGAUGUCCCUUAACUUUAAUACCAUAUAAGCUCAUAAUUAAUAGUUGCUAAUACAAAGAUGUCUCUGCUAGGCAGAGUUCAGCCUAUUGCGUUUUUGGCAGUUAGUUUCCCAAUCACUCUUCCCCUUAUUGCUAUCAUGUCAGACUGGAAGUAAGACUGGAACAUAGUAUCAACAGGAACUCUUAGUUCCCUUUAUCCAUCUGUUACCUAAAAUAUAGUUUCAACAUCUGACUUUGUACAGUUCACCUUUUCAUGCACGUGCAGGGUGUCAACCACUGAUUCUUAAUCUCAAGCUAAAGCAACACAUGAAUCAUUGUACUUUUGUCAUCACAGGUGUUCCUAUAAUGUACAAAUAUCAUCCAAGUUCUUACAAGUCAACUUACACACAGCUCUGACACACACACUUAUCCCACCAGACAUGCCACCGGGGGUCUUUUCACAGUCCCCAAGUUUCCAGAACAAAUUCAAGAAAGCGUACAGUAUUAUAUAGGGCCCUUAUUGCAUGGAACUUCCUUCCAUCUCAUAUUGCUCAAACAAACAGCAAACCUGGUUUCAAAAAACAGAUAAAGCAACACCUCACAGCACAACCCCUCUCCCCUAUUUGACCUAGAUAGUUUGUGUGUAUACAUUGAUAUGUAGGCUACGUGUGCCUUUUACAAAAUGUAUGUAGUUCUGUCCUUGAGCUGUUCUUGUCUAUUGAUGUUCUGUAUUAUGUGUCAUGUUUUGUGUGGACCCCAGGAAGAGUAGCUGCUGCUUUUGCAACAGCUAAUGGGGAUCCUAAUAAAAUACCAAACUCUGUUAUUCUCUCUGAGCUCAGAAAUAAAGAAUCUUGGUUUGA